AUGCGCUUCUUUCUUCCCCUCGUCCUCGGCCUUGCAUGGCUGGUGGAAGGUGCAGUCAUUCCUUCUCAUCAUAUCAAUGGCACCGAGCUUGAGGCUCGUGCUUCCGCUGGAUAUCGCUCUGUUGCAUACUUUGUCAACUGGGCUAUCUAUGGCCGAAACUUCAACCCCCAGGACCUUCCUGCUGAGAGACUGACCCACGUUCUCUACGCUUUUGCCAAUGUCCACCCAGACACUGGAGAGGUCUACCUUUCCGACUCUUGGGCGGACACUGACAAGCACUACCCUGGAGAUUCGUGGAGCGAGACCGGAAACAAUGUCUAUGGCUGUGUCAAGCAGCUGUUCCUUCUCAAGCAGAGAAACCGCAAGCUGAAAGUCCUACUAUCCAUUGGUGGCUGGACAUACUCGAGCAACUUUGCCGCACCUUUGAGCACCGCCUCUGGAAGGGCCACUUUUGCCUCGUCCGCAACAGACUUGGUGAAGAACCUUGGUUUUGAUGGAGUGGAUAUUGAUUGGGAGUACCCUGCCAACAGCGCCCAAGCAGACAACAUGGUCUCUACCUUGCAGCAACUCCGCUCGUCUUUGGAUACCUACAGUGCGGCGAAUGCGAACAAUUAUCACUUCGAAAUCACCGUCGCUUGCCCUGCAGGUCCGUCAAACUACCAGCAGUUGCAUAUGGCUCAGAUGGACAAGUAUUUGGACUUUUGGAACUUGAUGGCCUAUGAUUACUCCGGAAGCUGGGACACUAUCGCAGGCCACGAUGCCAAUACUUUCGCCUCGACGAGCAACCCCGCGAGUACACCCUUCAACACCGACCAGGCAAUCAGCUACUACACGGCCAACGGUGUUGCUGCGAAUAAGAUUGUCAUGGGAAUGCCCCUUUACGGCCGCUCAUUCAUGAGCACCGAUGGGCCCGGUAAACCUUUCAGUGGCGUGGGAAGUGGCAGCUGGGAGAAUGGUGUUUGGGACUACAAGGCCUUGCCCUUGACCGGCGCAUCUGUCAAUUUCCUGAGUCAAGAAAUAGCGAGCUAUAGCUAUGACUCCGCCCAACGCAUGAUGGUCAGCUAUGACACUCCCCAGGUUGCCCAGCUCAAGGCACAGUAUAUUCAGUCCAAGGGACUUGGCGGAGGCAUGUGGUGGGAGAGCAGCAGCGACAAGACUGGCUCUGACAGUCUGAUCACCACUGUUGUGAACCAAUUCGGCGGCGUCGGUGCUCUAGACCAAAGCCCGAAUCAGCUGAGUUACCCAGUCUCCAGCUAUGACAACUUGAAGGCUGGCUUUCCAUCAAGCUGA